ACACGAAAGGACACAUCUAAUGUUUUCGAGUCGUGAAACAGUGUCGCCGGCAAUGACUAGCGAGUGCGACCGUGCGACGUUCAUUCCAGCGUGAAACGCCAGACCGUAUGCAUCGUUUGUCAGAAGAAUAACAUCGUCAAAUUUCUUGCAUACACUCUGUGUGAUAGAGAACGUUGCAAUGACAAACAGAGACAAAGACAAUUUCGCCGGCAAUGCUGCCGGGGACACCAGUGGUAAACAUGACAAAAAAAAGCCAAGAAAGUUCAGCCAACAACAUGGAAACAGAAAUCGUUCGUACAAUAAUUAUUAUGGAAAAACUCGGUACCAAGGUGGAGGAAAUGACAGACGGCAUCAUUAUAGUAAGAGACCUAGAUUUGAGGUUGGUGAAAGGCUUAAAGAAGUUGAUCUUGGUAUCACAGAAUAUGUUGGAAAUGCAGAAGGUUUUACUGGAACUAUCAAAGAAAGAUUUACUGAUUUUGUAGUUCAUGAAAUCAGUACAAAUGGAGAAGUUGCUAAAUUGACUAAUCAGGAUAUCCCACCAGAUCCAGAAGACCUAUUGGAUCUUGAAGAAUUGAGGAAGCAAAUAACUGAUGAUGUAUGGGAAAAAUUACAGACUAUUACAGAAGACAACUCUGGCAUUGAGAUAGAUGUUACUGACAUGGAUAAGGAACAACGAAAGUGUAUUCAUCAGAUUGUAAAAAAAUUGACUACAGUUGUGAGUGAAACAAAGGAAGUUGGUAACAAAAAAGUUAUUGUAUUUUCUAAACAGUAUGCUAAAAGAUAUGGUGUUCGAACUCAAGAUCAUAGAACUGAUUGGUCAAGUAGAGGUGGCAAUUUCUGUCAUUUUAUUUUACACAAGGUCAAUAUGGAUACAAUGGAUGCCCUGAACCAGAUAGCAAGAGUUUUACGAAUAAAAUCAAAUCUUUUCACCUAUUCUGGUACCAAAGAUCGUAGAGCAAAGACUACACAAUGGAUUUGUGUAAGGAAAAUGAAUCCUAAGAAAAUUUUCAGUGCUGCAAGAGUUGUCAGAGGAGCUUUUGUAGGUAACUUCAAAUUUGAAAAAGAUCCUCUCAAGUUAGGCAAACUAUAUGGUAAUAGAUUUACCAUUGCACUUAGAAACAUUAGUGCACCAGAUGAUUUAAUUGAGAAAGCAAUGGUUUCACUUCGUGACAAUGGAUUUAUUAAUUAUUAUGGUUUACAAAGAUUUGGUACCAUUGCUGCUAUACCUACGUAUGAGAUUGGUAAAGCCCUCUUGAAAGGUGACUGGGCUGAAGCUGUUGACUUGAUUUUGAAACCUAGGGAAGGAGAACAAGACACAUACUUAUCUGAAGCACGAGAAAUCUAUAAAAAUACUAAAGAUUCUCGUUUAGCAUAUCAAAAGAUUGGUGGUCGCCAUGAUAAAAUUGAAGCUAAGCUCUUAUGGGGACUUAAUAUUUGCGGGCCGAAAAAUCUCCUAGGAGCAUUGGACAUGGUUCCAAGGAAUACCACAUUGAUGUAUGUCCAUGCAUAUCAAAGUUAUAUUUGGAAUCUCAUGGUUUCCAGGCGCAUUAAGGAAUUUGGACUUAAACCAAUUGUUGGAGACUUAGUUUAUGAAAAUCCCGAUUCAAAAGAUGAUACAGAAAUUUUACAUGAUGAUAGUCAUCUUGACAUUGAUGAUGAUGGUAAAUCUCACUCUGACGAACCAUCUGACCCUAUUAUUGAUGACCACAAAACUGAUGAUGAGUCUAAGUCCAAGGAUGAAUUUGAAAAACAAGCAAGUGCCGAAAAUCAGCCACAGGACAAGAAAGAAGACAAAACUGAAGAUGAUAAGGCUAGUGACAAGAGCGACUAUGAAAAGCCAUUACCAAAAGUCAAAAUUUUGACAAAAGGUGAUUUGCCUAAUUAUAGCAUGGCUGAUAUCAUCAUGCCUCAACCAGGAUGGAAGGUGACUUAUCCUACAUACGCCAAAUCUUGGUUUGAAGAAAUUCUUGAAAAAGAUGGACUUACUCCAGAACUCAAACAGAAAAACAAAAAAUUCACUCUUAGUGGAUCUUAUAGAAAGAUUUUCCAAGUACCACAACAUUUGACUUGGAAAAUUUUACGUUAUAAUAACAAGAAUCAAGAUUUGAUUCUUUCUGAUAUUGAUGAAUUAAGGGAGGUUGAGCCUCCCAAAAAUGAACCAGACGGUGCAUUCAAAGCUUUGAUUGUCCAAAUGUCUUUGCAAUCAUCUUGCUACGCCACGAUGGCUUUGCGAGAAGUUUUGAAGUGUGAUACAUCUUCGCAGACACACGCCGCUCAAACUGCUGCUUUCUACGAAGCACACGAGAAGAGCGAGGAGGCCAAAAUUAAAGAGCAGGACAAGCAGAGUGGCUGUGAAUCCGAAGAUACUUCUCAUGUCGAACAAUCAGGACUCGAGCGUAGUAGUCACGAUGUUUAUCUAUCAGCAGAGGAUUUAGCCACUGAGAAAAAAAGCAAUAUUUCGACUACAAGUAGUGCCUUGGAGGAUUCAGUGUCCUCGUCCAAGUUAACUGAUAGAGCUGCCAAUAGUAUGUUAGAAGAGUCUCUUUUGGAAGAGAAGACUGAAACUAAAACUGAGCUAGCCCAAAAGUACGGGGUUGAUACUAUCAACGAUUCGGGCAUCGAGCCUGGUUCUGUGAUUAAUGUAUAAGCUUACUUAUGUAUGUCACGGUUUAACUUUUUGAUAUCAAAGAUUAAGUAUAUUUCUUAAGUUUAUUUAAAAAUUACGUUAAAUUGAAAAUGAUAGUUUAAAAAAUGAUUAUAUGCAGUUACGUUUCAUAAUUUUGAUUAAUAAAACAAAGUUUUUUUAUGCUACUAAUAUUGUAAGCCUUAGUCGUAAUUAUACGAUUAUCGAAUAUAGUUUUUGAAUAAAUGACUAUUUUGAUAGA